AUGACGACCCCGUUUCCGGUUCUCCGCCUGGCCAUUCUUGGCGCCACCGACGCUGUCGAGUCCACGUACCUACCUACUCUGACCACCCUCAAGUCACACUUCGAUAUCCUCGCCCUCCAUUCCAGUAAAAUUGAAACCGCCCAGCAUUGCCAAAAGCUCUUCAACAUCCCAAACAUCACCACAGCCCCCGAGGACAUUCUCAAUAGCGUCGAGGUAGAUGUCAUCCUCAACCUCUUCCCCUUCGAAUACCAUGAGAAGUAUACCAUCGCCGCCCUUGAAGCCGGCAAACAUGUCAUGGUGGAAGUCCCUCUCAGCAUGACAAUCCACUCCCUCCGUCAAAUUCGCAACGCAACCACCAAGGUCGUGAACGCACGCUCGUCCCCAGGUGAAAACACCGGUGCGCCUCGCGUCUUCGUCGGAUGUGCACGCCGCUACGCACCGUGCUAUACAGACAUCUUCAAGAAAGAGCUCGCCAAUCUGGACCGUAUCCACUACGCACGAUGCCGCAAUAUCGCCGGUCCACUUCAAAUCCCCGCUCACCACACAAACGGAGUCAACAAGCGGAACGGGACCAACGGUACAAAUGAAGUAAACGGCCACACCGAUACAGACGAAUUCCAGAACCUCCUAGUCGACAUCUUCGGCUCCGAUGACAUCACACCUGACCGCGUCGCCUUCUGCCGUUUCCUGGGUAGCUUGGGAUGUCACGAUCUGUCUCUGAUGCGCGAGUCACUCGGCUUCCCGGAUGCUGUCUCCUGCGUCUCUAUUACCGAACCGUUCUACUCUGCCAACUUCCACUACACCGAUGACUCGGAUGUUGACGGACACCCAUUUACCCUGUUCUACGAGGCUGGCGUGGACGCGCUCCCGCGCUGUGACGCACAUCUUACCGUGUACGGUGCUCGCAAGACACUCACCGUGGAGUAUGACUUCCCUCACCCCGGCGAAGCGGCGGGUAAGGAGAGAUCGGUAAAGGUUACUGUCGAGGAGAUGGAUAUGGGCGAGGAGCAGAGUAACGGUCAUGGAGAUGGGACCGCGGUCAAUGGAAGUGGGAACCGCAACGGAAACGGAACCGCAACCGGGGUCGUGCGUCCCCGCGUCAAGAGAACCGAGUACGUGAGCACCUGCGAGGAGGCGUAUAAUCGUGAACUGCGUGCUUUGCACUCCUAUUGCACGGGUGAAACGGGUCCAGAGGUGAAGACCACUCCCGAGGACGCUCUGAAUGAUCUCCGUCUGCUGCACAUGAUCUUCAGUCACUAUGACCGGCAGUGCGGAACGAUUCGCACGCCUUUGGGUUGA